CCUCGGCUGCUCGCUGUGCCCGCUGGUGGAGCAGCAGCAGCAGCAGGAGGAGGAGGCGGCAGCGCGCCGGGGCGGGAGGAGCAGCCGGCCCGGGCGGCGCGGCGCGGCCCUGCCCGGCGCAGCAUGGCCAAGCACCACCGCACCCCGGCGCGCAGCCCGGAGCCGGUCAUUGAGGUCAAGAGCAAGUUUGAUGCUGAGUAUCGCCGCUUUGCCAUGAAGCGCUCCAGCGUGGGGGGCUUCCAGGAAUUUUACCAGCUGAUCCAGACGGUCCACCAAAUCCCCUGCAUGGAUGUUCUGCUUGGAUACACAGACAUCCACGGAGACCUGCUGCCCAUCAACAAUGACGAUAACUACCACAAGGCCCUGUCCUCUGCCAACCCUCUGCUCCGGAUCAUCAUCCAGAAGCGGGCAGAAGCCGACGCCAGCGUCUUUGCCUCGAACUCGCUGCAGCGGAAGAAGAAGGGGCUGCUGCGGCCGGUGCACCAGCGGGCCAAGCCGCACCUGCUGAUCGGCAUGCCCCAGGACUUCCGCCAGAUCUCCUCCAUCAUCGACGUGGACAUCUUGCCCGAGACCCACCGGCGGGUGCGGCUGCACAAGCACGGCUCCAACAAGCCGCUCGGCUUCUACAUCCGGGACGGGGUCAGCGUGCGGGUGGCCCCCCACGGCGUGGAGAAGGUGCCCGGCAUCUUCAUCUCGCGCUUAGUCAAGGGGGGGCUGGCCGAAAGCACCGGGCUGCUGGCCGUGAACGACGAGAUCCUGGAAGUCAACGGCAUCGACGUGGCCGGCAAGUCGCUGGACCAGGUCACGGACAUGAUGGUGGCCAACAGCCACAACCUCAUCGUCACGGUCAAGCCGGCCAACCAGCGCAACAACGUGAUCCGCAGCAGCAAGGCCUCGGGCAGCUCGGGCGUCUCCACGGACAGCACCCCCAGCCAGCAGACGCCCAGCCCGGCUUCCCAGUACCUGAGCAACUGCAGCGCGGCGGAGGGGGAGAGCGACGAGGAGAGGGACCUGGUGAUCGAGAGCGCCUUGCCGGCCGGCUGCCCCAACGGCGGCCUCCUGGAGAGUCUGCAGCACAGUCUGUCCCUCUACAUCUCGCAGGGCUCCCUGCCUUCCCUGAACAGUCACAGUGGAGGCAGCAGCCCCAUCCCAGGCAGCCGGGCAGGCAGCCUCCGGGAAGACGGCACGGUCAUCACGCUAUAGCCCCGGGCACUCUCCCUUCGUGUCUGAGAUGGCCGCAUCUCCAAGGCCAGCCUCCUUGGCCAGCAGGGCUGGAAGCGGGGCCAUGGACAGGUGCCCCAUCUGGACCCCCAGAGACUACCCAGCCCCCCUGCCUUGUCCAGCCUCCACUGCACCCUGCCUGCAAGCACAGCAGUGCUCUUGGCAGCUUCCGUCGCCAGGACUGGAGCGAUGUGCGGAGGCAGCCGACUUUCCCGAAUCCCUUCUCCCCCCGACACACACCACGAAGAAGUUCCUUCCUGGCCCCCAUUGAGCCAAAGUGAUGGGGGUUUUUUUAUUGCAUCCCUGACCCCCUGCCUUUCUGUGCUUCGGGUGGAAAGGGGGCCUUCCUCUCACAACUGCCCGACCACCCAAACUCUCAUGAAGUGUUUCGUUUUUAGUUUUGUUUUUAUGAUAACAUGCAUCACAGAUUAAUAUAUUGCAGCAGACUAUUAAACUUUUUUUUUUUUAAAGAAAAGGGUUCUCGAUUCUUAGAAUCACAUUGCUGGGAGUGGAGUGGGGGUGAGACAAAAGGGAGGCAGUGGGAGGGGCCUUCGGCUGCCUCCCCGCUUGCAAGAUGGGUCUGGCCUUCUGGGGAAAUUGGAUCCUCCAGCACAGUUUGCAUUUGGUGCUAAAGUAGGACUCUCUAUUCCCAGCUCAGUGGACGGAUGAGCCUCUGCUUUGCGUGCAGAAGGCCCCGGGUUCAAUCCCUGGCAGCAUCUCCAGGAAGGCCUGGAGAGACUCCUGUCUUGGAGAGGAGCUGCUGUCAGUCCGAGGAGACCACAGUGGACAACGUCAGCCCUCCUACGGAUGUUGAACUACCACUUCCAUCAUCCCUGGCUGUUGGCCACUGUGUCUGGGGAUGCUGGGAGUUGUAGUUCAGAAACAGCUGGAGGGCUGGAAUGGUGCAGCCUCAGUCUAGACGACAUGGGGCUAGAUGGACUUAUGGUCUAGCUCUGUAUAAGGCAGCUUCCUAUGGGGAGGAGGAGGCUGUAGGUCAGGGGUAGAGCAUCUGUUUUGCCUGCAGAAAGCUCCAGGCUCAAUGCCUGGCAGCAUCUCCAGGUAGGGACUGCCGAAGAUUCCUGCCUCAUACUCUGGAGAGCUGCUGCCAGUCUGUGUCGACCAGGGCGGCUUGACUUUGGCCCUGCAGCUGGCUUUGGACUACAACUCCCAUAAUCCCCAGCCACAGCACUUAGUAUGAUAUGAUGAAUAUUCAUUCAUACUUAUCAACAAGAAGUUCCCAAAGUGCUUUACAUGUUAAGAUAUUUUAAAUUUUUCAAAAAUGGCUCCCUGUCCCGCAAAGGCUCACAGUCUAAAAGAGAAGCAUUAAGAUAAACCCCAGCAACAGCCACUGGAGGGAUGCUGUGCUGGGGAUGGAUAGGGCCAGUUGCUCUCCCCGUGCUCAAUAAAGAGAAUCACCCCUUUUAAAAAGUGCCUCUUUGCUCAGUUAGCAGAGGAUUAUGGGAAGAAUCAUAAUUAUGAUUCAUUAAGUUACUAAUGAGAGAACUGAUAAUGGGAUUACCAGUUGUUACUCACUUCCUAUUCAAUAUAGUAUAGGCAUGUCAAUGGAGGUGUUGGACAGUCCUAUUCAUUAUCCUGUCCAAUUGGGAACCAGUCCUGAGACCGGGGCGGGCAGAGGCUAUGGAAAAUCUCCAGCACAAGAACUCUAAAAAGUGGCCUCAUUCUGCACUGUGCUACCUUUCAGCUGCAGGACAAGCUCAGAUUUGCAGUGACUGGGGUCAGAAUCCAGCAGUCUGUGGAAACAGGUAUGUUCUGUCUGGACCAGUGUGCCCCACCCGCAAGAAAUGCACAAAAGGAAUACCCCGAGGUAAGUGGGUAUAGGGUUACAACCUCCCGUGAUGGCUCUCCUUCCAUCAUUCAAGCACUGGUCCUGGGUCUGAAAAGACUGAGGAUUACUGGGCUUAAUAGUCCUUCUGGAUGUCGGAGUAGUUGCUUUUCUGGCCUCUUCACUCCCGAUUUGUGCAAGCACAGACGUUAACAAAGCAAAGACUGUUGAGAACCCUUUUUCCACCUUCAGUGACAAUGAGCACCGAGAAAUCUGCAUGAUGAUGCAAAGUAUGUGGCUUAUGCAAAUGUAAUGCUAAUUUGAAUUCUCCCAGGGUGGGUUUUUUGCUUGAAGGUGCUAGAUAACUGCUGGCAGGAAGUGGGGGGUUGAGGGGAGGAGGAGUGUUGCAUUAUGGGUUAAGCUGAGCCAUGCCAAGCUGUAGGCUGAUUACCAGACUGGCUUGACUUAGCCAUACAAGGUGGUUGGCUUUCUUCUCUGAUUCUGGCCUGGGGCUUCUGCACCUGCCUUUCUGUUACUGAACUGUAAGAAAGAGUACAUGCA